UAGUUCUCGUCUGUAGAAGUGACGAAAGAAACAGACAGAAUACAUGGAAGGUGAUGUGAUUCAUCUGUGCCAUCAGCUGGAAGCAUUCCAAAGCAAGCCAUUACAAGAAACGGGGGAGGCUGUGUCGUGUAUUUGAUUUUGAGGUCCGUAAUACAAUGAACGAAGACAGAGAUCGCGAAGAUGACCCGCUGUUAGAUAUGUUCAUUACCAAUUGGGAGGAGCAGUGUAUACAACAUGUUGAAAGUGAACCCGACUACGAAGGACAGCUUCAGAGGGAGAGGGAACAAACUCACCAGAAACUGUGGGUGACUUUUCAAAACAGCGCAACUGCAAUAGCGCAACUUUAUAGAGAACGUCAGCAAGGCCUUUCGUUAUGGAUACCUUUCCAAACCGCCGCUGGUACGGUGACAAAUUUGUACAAAGAUUCAACGGAAGGAAUAAGGCGGACUAGUGAACUUGGAAUUCAGUGCGGUUAUCAGAGACGAAACAAGGAAUUGUUGAGCUGGGUUCGGAAAAUGCGACACAAAAUAAGACGGGAGGAUCUACUUUCUUAUCUGGCUGGAAAGCCAACUCCACCUCGACCACAUCAUAGGUCUUCCCCACGUCCCAGAACUCUGAUCGAGCGACAUGGUUCUCCAGCUGGUUUCCAGAUGGAUGCACAACACCACGAAUUCCAUAUCAGCAGCAAUCAUUGUAACAGUGUCUAUUCUGAUGACAAUAUGCGUACAUUUAGGGAAGCAAUAACUUUCGCUAGUGAAUCCAGCAACUGCAGCGUCACGCCGGCAGCGUUCAUCAGAUCUUGGUUCAUUUAUAACAAAUGAAUUUGCCCGUCACAAGCGACCGGCUCCGUCAAGUUCUCCUUUGUCUGAUAUAAGUAUGGACUCGCCAACACACAAGCGAUCAAGACUAACAUAGUUACUUGAAUUAGUAUUUGUAUCAGAUAUUCUCCAAAAACACCAAUUUCUUGAACACUUCAGAAGAAUAAAGAAGUGUGCACGUAUGCCUUUGCAGCGUCAAAGCUGCUUUAUACAAAACUUAAAAUUUUGAUUAUAGUAAGAAAUUUUUUAAGCAGGAGUGCUUUAUUACUAUAAAAGUGCAGCCAAUAUGUUUGUGAUGUUAAGUUUGUGAAGCUUUAAUCAUCUAGUGCCAGAAUUUUGUAAUAUGUCAUCACCUUCAAAAGGUUGAUUUUUAUUUCCGUUUUACUUAUGUGGUGUGUACAGUAUUCUCAGGUUGAAAUUUACACAUAAAUUAUUCUCAACAUUCUUUUGUUUCUGUGAUUCACAACUGUAAGUUCAUUCAGGGGAUCUUUCUUUGUCCAGAAAGAAAUUUUUCAAUGGCUGGUUUCAGGUAGCUUGUGAAAAAUUUCCAGGUGACAAGUUUUUAGAGUUGAGAAUAUAAGACUUGAACUUUAGGGGAACUGUUAUUAAUUUAUAGAAGACAUUUUGUUACACUGAAGUGAUUCAUUGUUGAACUGUGAUUAUAUUAAUUUAAAAGCAGUGUACUCAGGUCUUUGGAAAAGUCAAUAAUUGGAGUAUCUUCCAUCAUAAUGAAAAUACGAAAUGUUGUGAAGAUUUAAACAUUUGUGGUAGAGAUAAAUUAUUUAUUUUUCUGCUACGGAAACCAGUUGUGUAAAUCAUAUUUAUAAUAUGUUUUCUGUAUUACUAUUAUUCUUUGCCAAAAAAGCUGAAUUCACACAUUUAAUAAAAACAAAUCGUCUUUAA